AUGGAGAAGCUACCCCCACCAAGCAUAAACUUGUGUUUUGGACCAGAACAUGUCCAACAGCCGCAUAUGAAAUUUUCUGAAUGGAAAUUCAAGCUGUUCAAAAUAAGAUCUCUUGAAAAGCCUCUUUCUGAAGACAGCCACCAGGCUAACUCUGCUAAAGAAAAUGUGACAGGAUCUCUGGGAGUCACUGACGAACAACCCAAGGCAGCAACUGUAAUGUCACAAGUGCCCUUUGAAACAGCCCCCGAGUUGAAUAAAAAUAGCUUGGCAAAAGAGAAAGUUAUCUUUCACAUGAGCCAAAGUGAGAUGGAAGUUCACCAAGCCAACCUGCAGCACCUCUGUCGCAUCUGUGGAGGCUCACUGAAAACUGACCCUUACAAAAAGUGUCAUCCAGUUCAUGGGCCAGUAGAUGAGGAGACCCAGGCUCUUUUGAGAAAGAAAGAGAAAAGAGCCACUUCCUGGCCUGAUCUUUUUGUCAAAGUUUUUAAGAUUGAUGUAAGGGGAGAUAUUGACACAAUCCACCCUACUCAUUUUUGUCACAAUUGUUGGAAAGCCAUGCAAAGAAAAGUCAGCAAUGCCCCCCAUGAAGCACAUCUUCUAGAGAGAGACCCAGUGGAAUGGCAUCCCCAUUCAACAAGCUGUGAUGUUUGCGUCACUUCCUUUCGUGGCAUCAAGAGGAAAAAAACAAUGCUGAAUUCACAGCUGAGCAAAAAACUCAGGAUUAUUGCUGGACAUACGAGAAAAAUAAGAUGCAUAAGAAAGGUAAAGCAACUGAAUAACAAAAGUUUGAUGAAAAAGAUUUCAAACUGUAAGCAAAUCCAUCUCAGCACAAAAAUUCUUGCAAUAGACUACCCUGUGGACUUUGUAAAGUCAAUAUCUUGCCAGGUCUGCGAACACAUCCUGGCUGAUCCAGUAGAAACAACAUGUAAACACUUAUUCUGUAGAGUCUGCAUUCUUAAAUGUCUUAAAAUAAUGGGAAGCUAUUGCCCAUCCUGCCGAUAUCCUUGUUUUCCUACUGAUCUAGUGAGCCCUGUAAAAUCCUUCCUAAGCAUCCUCAACAAUUUGGUUUUGAGAUGCCCAAUAAAAGGCUGUCAUGAGGAGGUCUUUUUAGAAAAAUACUGCCAACAUCGUUCUAAUCAUAAAGGGGCAGAAAGUACAGACAGCUAUGUCUAUAUCAACAAAGGUGGCCGACCAAGACAACAUUUGCUUUCACUGACCCGGAGAGCUCAAAAGCACCGCUUGAGAGAACUCAAGCUUCAAGUAAAAGAUUUUGCAGAAAAGGAAGAAGGAGGAGAUAUAAAGUCUGUGUGCCUAACUUUGUUCCUGCUAGCUUUGAGAUCUAGAAAUGAGCACAGACAAGCAGAUGAAUUGGAAGCUAUAAUGCAAGGGAAGGGAUCUGAUCUUCAUCCAGCUGUUUGUUUGGCAAUCCGAGUCAACACCUUUCUUAGCUGCAGCCAAUAUCAUAAAAUGUACAGGACAGUAAAGGCAAUUACAGGAAGGCAAAUUUUCCAGCCUUUGCAUGCUCUCCGAACAGCUGAGAAGUCCCUUCUGCCUGGUUAUCAUCCCUUUGAAUGGGAGCCUCCUUUGAAAAAUGUGUCCAGUAACACAGAUGUAGGCAUUAUUGAUGGGCUGUCAGGAAUACAACAGUCUGUGGAUGACUACCCAGUGGAUACAAUUGCAAAACGUUUUCGAUAUGAUGCAGCUUUGGUGGCUGCCCUUAUGGAUCUAGAAGAAUACAUUUUAGAAGGACUGAAAACGCAUGACUUAGAUGACUAUCUGAAAGGACCUUUCACGGUAGUGAUUAAAGAAUCCUGCGAUGGAAUGGGAGAUGUCAGUGAAAAGCAUGGCUGUGGCCCAGCAGUUCCUGAAAAAGCAGUUCGAUUCUCCUUCACCCUCAUGAGCAUCACUGUAACUCAUGACCAUGGCAGUACAAGGAUUUUUGAAGAAAGCAAACCCAAUUCAGAGUUGUGUUGUAAGCCUUUGUGCCUUAUGCUGGCUGAUGAGUCAGAUCACGAGACCCUCACUGCCAUCCUGAGUCCUCUUAUAACAGAACGGGAAGCCAUGAAAAAUAGUGCAUUGAUACUUUAUAUGGCUGGUAUUCCUAGAAUUUUCAAAUUCAUAUUUAGGGGCACUGGGUAUGAUGAAAAGCUUGUCCGUGAAGUUGAGGGUCUGGAAGCAUCAGGCUCUACUUACAUUUGUACACUUUGUGAUGCCACCCGCCUAGAAGCCUCUCAGAACCUAAUCCUGCAUUCUGUAACCAGGAAUCAUGCUGAAAACCUAGAACGAUAUGAAGUGUGGAGGGCCAAUCCUUACCAUGAAGCUGUUGAUGAACUACGUCACAGAGUGAAAGGUGUUUCUGCCAAGCCUUUUAUUGAGACUGUGCCUUCAAUAGAUGCACUUCACUGUGAUAUUGGCAAUGCAGCUGAAUUUUAUAAACUAUUCCAGUUUGAGAUUGGUGAGGUAUACAAAAAUACCAGUGCAACCAAAGAAGAGAGAAAGAGGUGGCAGUCAACUCUUGACAAACACCUUAGAAAAAAGCUAAAUUUGAAACCUGUAACAAGGAUGAAUGGAAAUUUUGCAAGAAAACUCAUGAGUAGGGAGACUGUGGAUGCCGUCUGCGAAUUAGUAAAAUGUGAGGAGAGACAUGAAGCCCUCAGAGAAUUAAUGGACCUUUAUCUUAAGAUGAAACCAGUAUGGAGGUCUUCAUGUCCAACCAAAGAAUGCCCAGAACUUGUAUGUCAAUACAGUUUCAACUCCCAAAGAUUCGCUGAAUUGCUGUCGACUAAAUUCAGUUAUAGAUAUGGUGGGAAGAUUACCAAUUAUUUUCAUAAAACACUUGCUCAUGUUCCAGAAAUUAUAGAACGGGACGGUUCCAUUGGUGCCUGGGCAAGUGAGGGAAAUGAGUCAGGCAACAAACUGUUCAGACGCUUUCGAAAGAUGAAUGCCAGGCAGUCAAAAUGUUAUGAGAUGGAAGAUGUUUUGAAGCAUCAUUGGUUGUAUACUUCAAAGCAUUUACAAAAAUUCAUGAAUGCUCAUAAUACAUUGAAAAGCCAGAUGGUCCAAAUUAGUCCAGAACAGACUGAGAGUGAUCUCAUGAUGAUGGAGGAUUCUUUGGAGACUUCUGAUUUCAUGGACUUCUAA